AUGUCUGAAGCUACGAGUAUACCUUAUACUUCAACUUCCACCUCAACUACUAUUGCUGGAAAUGAGAUGGUUUCGCUGGCUGACAAAAUUAAAAAAUACGAUACUAAGGAACUAAUAAAUUUCUUGCGUAAGGAGGGAGACUUGAAACUCGAUGAGGACGAUGAAGAAAUUAUUCGCAAGGAAAAGCUUAGUGGUCGUGCAUUUCUCAAGGUAACCGAAGAAAAGCUUCGAAGUACUGGUUUAGGUUUGGGACCUGCGUCAGAUCUUGCAGACUUUGCCAAGGAAUGUAAGGAGAAAAAUCUAAGGUCGUUCUCCUCGUACAAGACCAAGGCGGACUUGGAAAAGGUAUUGCAAAAAGAUUAUAUUGUGUCUUUAACUAACGAAAAAGAAACGCAAUCUGAGUUAAACUAUGGUGAAAGAAUUGAAGAAUUAGAAAAAAAAAUAUCAGAACAAGCAAAGAGAAUUAGGGAAUUAGAAGUCAAUAACUCAAACAAGGAAAAUGAAAUUAAAGAAUCAAAUAAGCAAAUUUCAAAAUCACAAAAAAAAGAAGAUAGCAGUAAUCAAGUCGACCCUAAAAAAGGAAGUUCCGAAAGAAAAUAUAGGGGAACAUCCGAUAGUUAUAUUGAUCUCCCCAGGUUCGAUGGAGAGUUAGCUGACACAGCCAAUUACGAAAAGAUGUUAGAGCACGUUUUGGAAGAUAUAUCUAUGAAGCAUAAGACCUGCAUUCACGUCACUAGUGCAAACGAAGCAACAAGACGCGAAUUUAUUUCUUCCGUUCUUCAUGGCGUUGCCUCUUGUUAUGAUGGUGAAGUGAAAGUAUGUCCAGAAUACGAGUUAUCUGGAAGUCAUGGUAAAGGGUCAGUGGAUUGGGUUAUCAAGAUUGGAGGUACGAUUAUUGUCGUUACCGAGGCUAAAAGGGAGGAUAUUAACCAGGGUGUUGGCCAGAAUGCAAUUCAGUUACAGGCUUCGUCUCAACGUAAUAAAAAGAAACGCACAUACAAUGAGGCUUUACGCGAAGAUGUAAUGUAUG